AAAGGGGGAACAAGGAAGAUUGCCAUUGAUCUUGAUCUUUUUUUUUGCUCUUUACCGCACAUUGACUUGUUGCGGGGUCUAUUAGGCAGCCUCUUUUUUACUCUAAUUGGAGCACCUCAAUUUAAUAUAUAUAUCAUUCUGUACUACAGAAAUAUAUAUAUAUAUAUAUAUAGUAUAAAGUUAUUCUUGCAAAUUAAGUCGAUCGAGGAGGUAUGUAUAUAUAUUAAUAUACAUCCAUCCAAGCCCUUUUACAUGUACUGUUGUUUCCUGCAAUUUAGAAGCUUUUAGAUCCUUGAUCUGAUAAUAUCAUGUCCACCAUGAUCUCUUCUAUUUUCAUCUUCUCCCUUUACUUUUCCCUGCGUGCAUGCGAUGCCCGGUUUGUCAUCAAUGGAGCUGGUUUCAGCAGCAGGCUGUUUCAUUCUCCAAUCAAGGUGUUUGAGAAGGUGAAUAUCAGCAACACGGGUUCGACUCGAGUGGGAUUAAAUGAAAAAUGGAAGGAAAUGGAAGAGAGAGAAGAUGCAACAGCUGCUGCUGCUGCCGCAAAGCCUCUCGUUUCAGUUUCUUCUAAUAAUAGGCUGCAGAAACCUGAUCGUCCUGCUGGCCCAGGCCUUUUCUCCGACUAUUCUCGGCCGAGGACUCGGCCGCCCUCUCACAACUGAUACUAAUUUGAUGAUUUUUUCAUUCUUCCCUGACUUUUGUUUUUGAUUAUCUAGAUAAUUAAGAUCUGUAAAACAGUUAUAUAUAUAUAUUAGAAAACUAGGAUCAACGACUCUU